GAACGAAUGUCCAGAAAAGCAACAUUCCUGCCUAUCUCCCCCACAACCGCUGAAGCUAGCAUUCUACUUCGCCUGCGCUGGGAACAUCUGUGUUCCUGCUGUCUCUCCAGGAGGGCAAAGCCCCUGUUCGCGCCCCUCCUGCCUGCCCUUCGAGCCUUCCGGAUGCUGAGAAAAAUGAACCUUUCACUAAUUUUCAGAUUUCCUGAUAAAAGUCAUUCACAUUGAAAAUAUGAGAGGACGCAGUGUUGAGCCCAUGUGAGUCUGACACCAUGAGUGCGGCCCUAGGAAAUGACUUGGCAGUACAGCCGGAGGAUUCAGGGUCUGGACGAUGGUUUUCCCAGCCGGAGGAUUCUUCGAAGAGCGCUUAGUAAAGGACGGAAGUUCCACGUGUUUGUGUUGAGCAACUGCAGAUGGUGGGCGGAGACACCAGGGCCCCGCCUUCUGCAUCCUGCCUUCCGUAUUGGCUGAAGGGCCGGCGGCUCUGGCUGCCUGGCGGUUGAGAGCAUGGCCUCUCCAGGGGCCGGUAGGGCGCCUCCGGAGUUACCGGAGCGGAACUGCGGGUACCGCGAAGUCGAGUACUGGGAUCAGCGCUACCAAGGCGCAGCCGAUUCUGCCCCCUACGAUUGGUUCGGGGACUUCUCCUCCUUCCGUGCCCUCCUAGAGCCGGAGCUGCGGCCCGAGGACCGUAUCCUUGUGCUAGGUUGCGGGAACAGUGCCCUGAGCUACGAGCUGUUCCUCAGAGGCUUCCCUAAUGUGACCAGUGUGGACUACUCAUCAGUCGUGGUGGCUGCCAUGCAGGCUCGCUAUGCCCAUGUGCCGCAGCUGCGCUGGGAGACCAUGGAUGUGCGGAAGCUGGACUUCCCCAGUGCUUCUUUUGAUGUGGUUCUCGAGAAGGGCACGCUGGAUGCCCUGCUGGCUGGGGAACGAGAUCCCUGGACCGUGUCCUCUGAAGGUGUCCACACUGUGGACCAGGUGUUGUGUGAGGUGAGCCGCGUGCUUGUCCCUGGAGGCCGGUUCAUCUCAAUGACUUCUGCUGCCCCCCACUUUCGGACCAGACACUAUGCCCAAGCCUGUUAUGGCUGGUCCCUGAGGCAUGCUACCUAUGGCAGCAGUUUCCACUUCCAUCUCUACCUCAUGCAGAAGGGCGGGGAGCUCAGUGUGGCCCAGCUGGCUCUGGGGGCCCAAAUCCUCUCACCCCCCAGACCUCCCACCUCACCUUGCUUCCUUCAGGACUCAGAUCAUGAGGACUUCCUUAGUGCCAUUCAGCUCUGAGGCCAGAGCAUGGUCCUCCACCCUUCCUGCCAUUCUGCCCUGGGCUCCUCAGGUAGUUGGAAUUCCUGACUCAGGACUUGGGGUUGGGUCCAAGGUGCUUACAUCCCAGGGGCCUCAUGCCUAAGAUAGAGGGUGGGAGCGAACCCACAUGAACCAAUACAGCCCAGCUCCAACUAGAUCCAGAUUCCAGGUUUCUUGCUUCUUUCUUGGGUUCCUCAGUUCUCUCCUGGGUUCCCCAACCUCCUCUGCCACCACACCAAACCACCAGUGAUGUAUCCCCUGGGGCAAAGCUCAUUAUAACCCCUCUGCACACCA